UUGGACCCUGGUUAGGGGCGCCACCUUCCCACCGCUGCCCGCCUGAGGCCAGGAUGUGCUCCCGGGCCGGCGGAACCUGGAGCGGGGCCCGGUCACUCCCAGAGCCUGUCUGCUGAGAACUGCCCCGCGCCCCGCCCUCGCCCCCCUCGGGGCGGGCCGGCCCUGGGGCGCCUUAAAAACCGGAGCUGACACUUCGGUCGCCGCCGCGGUGAGCAGGAUCCGACGUCGCUGCGGUUACCCUUAACGACCUCGCAGACCCCCCACAGCCAUGGCCAGCAAAGGCUUGCAGGACCUGAAGCAGCAAGUGGAGGGAGCGGCCCAGGAAGCCGUGACUGCGGCCGGAGCAGCGGCUCAGCAAGUGGUGGAUCAUGCCACGGAAGCAGGGCAGAAAGCCAUGGACCAGGCGGCCAAGUCUACCCAGGAAACCAUCGACAACACUGCUAAGCAGGCCUCUGAGACUUUCUCAGGUCUUGGGAAAAAAUUCGGCCUCCUGAAAUGACAGAGGGGAGACACGGGUGACUCUCCUCCAAGCCCUGAGCUCUGGUCAGCGGCUGCCCCCUGGCCUCAGCCUCAUUAAAGCACGUGUUCCUACCCUGUGUCCACUUCAUGCCUCCCCACAAGCUGGGCCCAGCCGUCCCUUGCCAAGAACAGAGCCCCCAUAUCCAGAAACCCAGCCCCCACACCAAUAGUCCUGGCACUCCAUAUUAGGAAACCUAGACGGACUGUUCGAGAACUUGUUUCCCAUCGUCCCAACCGCGUAUCCAGACGUUCCCUUAUCCGAAGUUCAAGCCCCAUCUAGGUACAUGACCCUCCCCCGCACUAUUCAUGAGCCAGCCCCCUUCCUCAUCCCCAAAACGCUCCCCCAGCUCCAGGAAUCCAGCCCCUCCUAGGAGGGGGAUACUCCGUCCCCAGAUCCUCCAGGGGGCGAGGGGCUCCAAGGGCCGGGGCCUCAGGAACUUCUCCCCGCGAGCUGUGCCGGGUGGCUCGGAGCCCCGGAGCAUCUCCAGCUGGGCGCUGGGACCUCAGGCGGCGGGAGUUCUUGGGGACGACGCGGAGUCUCAGGGGCGAGGCUUCUGACCCUCGUCCACCCCGACCCCGCCCGCAGGCUGC